AUGUCGUUCAAAAACAGUGAACAUAUGUAUCUUAUACUACUUAGUUUAUUUUUACUUCAUGUACAAGGCCAAAAUCUUAAUAACACUCUUAUAUGGUGCACGGUAUCUGAAGCUGAACAAAACAAGUGCAAUGCAUUUUCCAGAGCAAUUGAUCGUGAAAUUGCAUUCUUUGACUACAAUUAUAUUUCUGUGCAAUGUAAACAAGUAUCGAACAAAGAGGAAUGUAUGGCUAUGUUGGAUCAGGAGAUGGCUCAGAUAACUACUUUGGAUGCAGGAGAAAUUUUUAUGGCGGGAAGAUAUCACAGUUUAAUACCAAUUAUGCAAGAGAUUUAUGAAAGCGGGGUCAAUUAUCAAUAUGCAGUUGCAGUUAUUAAAAAAGGAUCCCUUCAGGAUGUUCAGAGUUUACAAAAUUUGAGGGGUAAAAAAGCCUGUUUCGCCGGUCUUGGAAUGCUUGCUGGUUGGAUUAUUCCUAUUCAUAUACUUAUGAAGAAAGGUGGAUUGGAGAUUAUUGAUUGCAAUAAUCAUGUGAAAUCUGCAAUAAAAUACUUUGGACCUAGUUGUGCUGUUAAUUCAUUGAUUGAUAAAUAUAAUCCAUUAGGUGAUAAUUCUGAUCAACUGUGUAAGUUGUGCAUUGGUAAAAUACCGGGUGACAGGUGUACAACUGCGGAUCCUUAUGCAGGAUAUGAAGGAGCAUUUAGGUGUCUAGUGGAAGCUGGAGAAAUUGCUUUUUUGGUGCAUACCACAGUGGAUGAAAUGACAUCAACGACUUUUGACUUUAAUUCAGUAAAAAAGGAACAGUUUGAAUUGCUUUGUCAAGAUGGUAGUCGAAAGAAUAUAGAUGAAUAUAAGCAUUGCAACUGGGGAGCAGUGCCAUCGCGCGCGAUAGUUACAUCGUCAGCAACAAAAAGCGAAACUCGUCGGCAAUAUCAGCGAUUCCUAGAGAAAGCAGUUCGAAUACUAAAUAAACAUAACACUAAAAAUUCGACUGAUUUUUACGAUAAUCGUUUCGAAAACAGACCCGGUUACAAUAACAGAUUUGGUGAAAAUAAUUACACCAAAAACGCAUAUGACAAUCCAAACGAAUAUAACACAGAAAAUUCUGAGAAUCGUAACGGAUACGAUAGAAGUUAUAAUGGCAACGAACUGAAUUCAUGGGACAAAGCGGAAUCAACGAAUAUACAACCAAUAGAGACGUUUAACUUAUUUGAAUCUGCACCAAGAUAUGGAAUACAUCAUAACUUAAUCUUCUCUGAUUCAGCGCGGGAUUUUGUUCAAUUGCUAGAAAAAGAUCAAACUUACAGUGGGUUCUUGGGUAGAUCUCUGGAUCCGAUAUUGGACGUCCGUCGUUGUACUGUGAAUCGAAUGACACUAUGCAUUACAUCUGAUCCGGAAAUGGAAAAAUGUGUGAAGAUGAAGAUUGCAUUAAAGGCGCAACUAUUAAAGCCGGAAUUAAACUGUCAUAAAGGACACAGUCAAAUUCAUUGCAUGCAGGCUAUACAAAAUGGAAACGCCGACGUAGCAGUGUUAGACACCAGUGACGUUUACACCGCUGGUUUACGCUUCGAUUUGAUUCCGUUCAUAUCCGAAGUAUAUAACCUGCCUACGCCGGAAUACUACGUGGUCGCGGUGGCUAAGGAGGAGGACGAUAAUACGGAUUUAACGUACCUGAAGAACAAGUAUACUUGUCACACUGGAAUCAACACUGCUGCGGGUUGGGUCUACCCUCUGGCGUAUCUCAUCUCAAAUACUUGGAUUAGGGGCUACGGUUGCGAUUCGGUUCGCGCUGCCGCGGAAUAUUUCACGAAGUCUUGUGUACCCGGUGCACUCAGUACCGAAUACAAUACAGGAGUGCCUUACGAUAAUAUGUGCGAUCUUUGUCACGGAGCAAGCUUCCGUUACUGUCGCAGAGACGCGUCCGAAGAUUAUUUCGGGUACACGGGUGCCUUCAGGUGUUUAGUCGAGGGAGGUGGAGACGUGGCUUUCGUGAAGCAUACUACGGUCGCUGAGAACACGGACGGGAAACGGAAAGAAACCUGGGCACGGAAUACCUUCACGAAAGAUUUCGAGUUGCUCUGCCCCGACGGCACACGUCGACCAACUACCGAUUACGUGCACUGCAACUUGGGGAAAGUCGCGGCGAACGCCAUAGUCACUCGCGGAGGAUAUGGAUACAACGAGACGCAGAUAAACGCUUUCAUAAAUCUGUUCAUUUACGCCCAACAGUUUUACGGACGAAAGGAGCAGGAUGAAUUUAGUUUCAGCAUGUUCUACAGUCAACCCCCGUACAGCGAUCUGAUUUUCCAAGACGCCACGCAACAACUAAUGGUGAUACCACCGGAGAAAAGAGAAUUCAGUGCGUAUUUAGGUCCUGACUUCAUGAGGGCCAGGAGAAUCGUCGACUGCAACGCUGGUGCGUCCGCUAUAGAACAGUCUAUACUAGCUACGAUAGCUACAGCUCUACUCGCUUACGUGUUCAGUAGAUAA